CAAGGCAACGGGGCUGGGCAGUCGAAGUUGGGACAAUUUACGGAGGUUUCUGUUGCUGGAUACUCGACGACAAUAAGGAUAUGUAUACAGCUAAUAUGUACAGAAACCUAUUUUUGUGUCCUUAAGCGGAGUAAGGAGGCUAUAUAUGUCAACUAAUUUUUCUACUUAUUUCGCUAGAAAUUUGUAGCUUAACUAAAAAAAAAAUACCCUCCCUUUUCGAACUGAGGAUGAUUUUUGCUAAUACUGGAAACCCACUAAGGACUCCGUAUCGCAAACAGCCACCUGUUGCCCCAUCAUCACACCCCAUGGCUCCACCCAGCCCGAGCACCAACAGCAGCACCAACAACAGCAGCAGCAGUAGCACUGCAGGCUGGGACCAGCUCAGCAAAACAAACCUCUAUAUCCGAGGCCUGUCCCCUUCAACCACAGACCAUGACCUGGUCAAGCUCUGUCAGCCGUAUGGCAAAAUUGUGUCAACAAAGGCAAUCCUGGACAAGACUACAAACAAAUGUAAAGGAUAUGGCUUUGUGGACUUUGACAGCCCUGCUGCAGCUCAGAAAGCUGUCGCUGCCCUGAAGACUACUGGUGUCCAAGCUCAGAUGGCAAAGCAACAAGAACAAGACCCUACAAACUUGUAUAUCUCCAACUUGCCUUUGUCUAUGGAUGAGCAGGAGCUAGAGAAUAUGUUAAAGCACUACGGCCAGGUCAUAUCCACACGCAUCCUGAGAGACUCCAGUGGAACCAGCAGAGGAGUGGGCUUUGCCAGAAUGGAGUCAACUGAAAAAUGUGAUGCUGUCAUUUCUCACUUCAAUGGCAAGUUUAUCAAGACACCUGCAGGUGUUCCAGUACCCCCCGAACCCUUGCUGUGCAAGUUUGCUGAUGGAGGCCAAAAAAAGAGACAAAGUCAGAAUAAAUUUGCCCAGAAUGGUCGGGGUUGGGCAAGGGACGGUGAUUCGAGACUGGCUGGAAUGACACUCACAUAUGACCCCAGUGCAGCUGCUAUGCAGAAUGGAUUUUUCCCACCAGCAUACAGUAUUUCAAACAGGAUGAUUGCUCAAACGUCCAUGUCUCCUUACAUGUCUCCAGUUUCUACAUACCAGGUGCAGAACCCAUCCUGGGUGCCUCAUCAACAGUACAUCAUGCAGCACCCAGGAACAGUGAUAUCGCCCUCUAUGGACCCAUCUUUGUCACUGCAGCCUACUUCUAUGAUGGCCCCCCUUUCACAGCAGAUGAGUCACCUCUCUCUGGGCAGUGCAGGAACGUUUAUGGCCGCCAACACAGCUAUGCAAGGAGCAUAUAUCCCACAGUAUGCACACAUGCAGACAACUACUGUUCCUGUGGAGGAAAAUGGUGCACACUCACAAGUGGACUCAUCCAGAAAUCAUUCCCCAUAUCCAUACCAACAAACCAAGUAGUGCUGAGGUAACACUUGUACAACAGCUAAAACAAUCAUGUCUACAAACGCAAUGGACGCUAAGGAUCUUUUCACUGUUUUGCACAGGUUCUGCAAAUGUUUAAGUGAGACUAUUUUUGGUAUCAUUUCAGAGAGAAUACCUGAGUUCAUCAAAUGAUUCAAAUUAUAUUAAAAAAAAAAAAAAAAGUUUUGAAAAAGUUUUAUUUUCAUACUAGAACGUUUAUUUUUUACCAAGGAUUGCUGCAGGAUACAAGAAAGAAUCAUGUGACUAGUUGUUUCAAGUGCAUGAUAGUCAAUAUGUCUUUUGUUAAUAUUUCCAGAUUUUUUUUUUCUUGAAGAUUUUUUUUCAGCCAGACAUUUCUAAAAUAAUGUUUUUGUGCUUGCUGUGUGAGUGUUGCGAUGGUGAAGUAUUAAUUGUUGUUUUCUUGUAAAGUGAUUUCUCCUAGUACUUUAGAUUGAUCUUGCUGUCUGAUUAAGAUUAUUUGCCUUAAUAGUUGUGAUACAAUAGUUGUACAGACCACAGCAGAGUGGCAAUAAGCAAAAGCUAAUUCCUUUGAAAUCAGCCACAUAAGACUUUUAAAAACAAAAAAAAUAAAACCUGUGUUUUUGCUUUUUCCCUCCCAGAACUGCUAGAAAAGUGGAUGUAAUUUUAGAGAAAAAUGUUUUGAAUGAAAUGACUCCACAUCUGAUGAUUUUAUUGGAUGUAAUAUUUAUUUAGUGAGAAGGCCCUACAUGUUUCUGGAUGUUGGAAUGAUGAAAGAUCACCUUUUGAAUCUUGCCUUUUUGAAUACUUGGUAUUGUAGAGUAGCUGAAAUUGAUCUUUGUGGGGUGGGGGAUGAGAUGGGACUAAUGUAUUUUGUUUGUUGGUUGUGCUUUCGUCUUUUUGGGUGAUGUUAAUUGUUAUUUUGAUGGAUGUCUUUUUCACUUUUAUUUGAAAACCUAACAGGAAAACAUGGACUCAUGAUUGUGCAAAAAACUCAUCAAAGCCUUGUAAUAGAACUUAGAGUUACAGAGUUAGGGGGUAAAAUGAGAUGAAUAUGUGUAUUUAAUUGCACCUCACUCUUUGACAGGAAACAAACAACCUUGGCACUUUCAAUCGUAGUUUACUCCACCAAAGAUCGUGAGCUAGUACACGGAGGAAAUAGCAUCAUUUGUCUCUUUAACUGCAAAUAAGAUUGCAGUUUGGACAGUGUGCCUUUUUUGUACAUUUACAUUCAGUUUUCAUAGGUAUUAGUACAGUGCAGACACACACACAAGCAUGAAGGAAGGCCUGGAUCCAACAAGUGCCACAGAUGAAUUUCAUACUUACAGAAAAUGCAACAUUAUAGUAAAAAUUAAGUUUAAAAUAAAAUAAUUGAAACAAUGAAAGGACAGUGCUAUAAUAGCAGUCUGGUAUGGCAUAGCACUCAAAAAAAUAAGUCUGAUUUUUUUUUUUUUUUUUUGAUCACAGUAGAUUAAAGCAGGCUUUUUGAUUAAGGUGUCCUCUAAUAAGCCUGUGAUUCGACCUGAUGGUCAGUCUGACCAAUUAUCUACCUCAGAGUUUUCUUUCUCCUCUGUAUUAGGUCGGGUUAGCAGGUCCAGCCCGCCCUUCCAGACCAAAUGCCACGCUCAGGAGCUGGCCACAUACAGCUGUUUCCUUUCAGGUUGUUUUGAAUACUUUUUGAUUUUCUCAUCAGACCUAUUUUUUUAUGAUGUAUUAUUGUAAUCAUUGGGAGGGGGCAGCACGUUUCUACUCAUGUGUAUGCAUUCAGUUUUUAUAGUUUCGAAAAAGCUGCUGCUUUUAUGACAAUAGAUUCCAGAGGCGGAUCUAAGAUCUUUAAGACCAACAAUAACAAUGAAGCUUCGUGGUGUUUACUGGAUCUCUGCUCCUUUAAACAAGCAUGUUUGUUGCUUUGUCUUGGGUCUAGACAAACUCGCAGCAGCAUUUCCUCUGUAGUUAACUAGGAUGUGCAACAAAUGUAGGGCCGCUAUACUUGAGAUUUCUGUGUAAUGCCUGAGACUGAGAAGUAAUACUGUCUUGUGAGGUUUAUGCUGCUAAUGGUGUCUGAACCAAGUGCCAUAGUAUCUGGAUCAAGAGUUGCAGAGGUGCAUCAAAGCAAAUUGCUCAUAUAGGUCACCAUCAUGUUGAACAGUCACUAAGUUAUAUGAAAAAGUUCUAAUUUAUGAAAAUUUUUGUACAGACAGCUUAAGGAAAGAAAGAGAUUUUCAUAGUGCUAGAUGAAAGUUUAUUGUUUUUUUUUUUUUUUUACUUGUGCUACAAAUGCCAGUGGUAACUUGUAUGUACAGUUUAAGAAACCUUCCUCUGUAUUUUUGUUUUGUAGUGUUUGUUAAAGCCAAAGACUUCUGCUUUUUUUUAGUAGCUUGUUGCCUAAGGUUUAUUCUGUUCAUUUCUUUGACAUUUUUUGAAUAAAAAAAUUAAAAAUGUUCACCUUUUA